GUUCACUUGCACUUCGUCCACUCCUACCCAGUUGACUUCUUACCUACCACUACCAGCGCGCCUCUGCUGCUGCCUCGCGCGCAUGUCCGCGCGUCUACUUCAAUCUCUCCUCUAACCAGUGAGCUGAGCUCGAUCUAUCUGUCUCAUCAAGGAUCCCCUAGACCACAGCGCAGCAGUUCUUCGGAUCUUCGGCCGUGCCUUGCCUGCGCCUCCCUUGUCAGUAGCAAAAAUUACAGGACACGACGGCACAUAAAUAUGGAUUCAGAGGAUGAGAUACCAUUUCAAAUCUUGCGAGAAAUCACGGAUGGUUUCUCCAAGGAGAGGAAACUUGGUCAAGGAGCAUUUGGAGUUGUUUACAAGGGAGUGACUAAAAACGGAGAUGAUGUUGCUGUGAAGAGGCUUCUGAUCAAUUCCAGUCUAGACUUUAAGCAUCAGUUAAAAAAUGAGCUCUAUAACCUCAGGAAACUUAAUCAUCCGAACAUUGUACACGUUCUGGGCUAUUGUUUUGAAACAGAGCAAAAACCAUUUAUCAUGGAAGAUGGAAGUAAGGUGUUUGUUGAUGAGACACAAGGAGCGCUAUGCUUGGAAUAUAUGCACAAUGGCAGCCUUCAACGACUUCUUUCUGAUGAGUUUUCUGGACUUGAAUGGCACACACGGUUCAAAAUAAUCAAGGGGACUUGUGAGGGUCUAAAGUAUAUUCAUGAGCUGGAAGAACCUAUUUACCACUUGGACCUAAAACCUGACAACAUAUUGCUAGAUAUGGACAUGGUGCCAAAGAUUGCAGAUUUUGGUUUGUCCAGGAUCAUUCAUAAUAAAGAACCAACGCGAAUCACACAAAAUCCGUAUGGAACACAAGGGUAUCAGCCACGAGAAUACAUCGACAGUGGUGAAAUAUCAGGAAAAUUUGACAUAUUUAGCUUGGGUGUCAUAAUGAUAAGGGUUGUGUCAGGACCCAAGGGCUACCCCAAAUGUCUAGAUAUGUCUUUGGACGAGUUUGUUGAUCAAGUCCAAAGGAACUGGAGGAACAGGUUGCAGGCGACAUACAGUAGUGGUUCCUUGGUUGAAGCAUAUUGCCACCAAGUAAAGACAUGCAUUCAAUUAGCAUGGUUAUGUGUGGAGGAAGACAGCAAAAAAAGGCCCAACAUAGGGAAGAUCACUGAGAAGCUGAAUGAGAUUGAAACUGCCAUUGGCGAGAUAAUAUAGGGAUUUUCAUUGGGUCCAUGGAGGAUCAUCAGGACUUCAGGAGCGAGGAGAUUAUAAACUGUUUGCAAGGGCCGGCCCGGCUCCUUCUCAAAAAUCUCUCUGCCUUUGUUGGUAUUCACUUCUGUCGUCUCCCCCUGCUCCGGUCAUUGUACUCGCGGGUUACCCUGCAGAGGUGGUAACGGAUUAUGGCUUUAGUGCUCUUUUCAUAAUCCAACUUGAUCCUUAUAUAUUUUUCUAAUUUAAAAUUGUAUAAGAUAAGAAUCUGAUCAUUUUAGAGACCGGCCCUGCCUUUACUGUGACACCCUAGGUGUCAAAUAGAUCAAACCAAUUGAAAUAAUGUUUGGUGUGUGUGUGAAAUUGUGUGGAAAUCUAGCAAAGUUAUGAAAGUAA